AUGUCUCUGCAGAGGAUGGUGCGUGUGUCCCUGGAGCACCCCACCAGCGCCGUGUGUGUGGCUGGUGUGGAGACCAUCGUGGACAUUUACGGGUCUGUCCCCGAGGGCACAGAGAUGUUCGAGGUGUACGGGACCCCGGGCGUGGACAUUUACAUCUCCCCCAGCCUGGAGAGCAGGCGGGAGCGCGCCCACAACCGGCGGUGGCAUUUCAACCAGGGGCUGGAGAUCAUCGUCCUCAUGAACUCCCCGAGCAACGAGCUCAAUGACAGUCACGUACAGAUCUCCUACCAUGCCAGCCAUGAGUCUAUGCCCCUGGCCUAUGCUGUGCUGUACCUCACCUGUGUUGACAUCGCCCUGGACUGCGACCUCAGCUGCGAGGACCGGCAGGACCGGAACUUCAUGGACAAGCGGCAGUGGGUCUGGGGUCCGGAGGGCCAUGGCGCCGUCCUGCUGGUGAACUGUGAUCGGGACAACAUGGAUGGCAAUGGUCCGGAUAACUGGGAUGAGCACGUGAACUGCCUGCAAGACCUGGAAGACAUGUCCAUCAUGGUCCUGCGGACUCAGGGCCCUGCUGCCCUCUUUGACGACCACAGACUUGUCCUCCAUACCUCCAGCUUCGAUGCCGAGCGGGCCCGGGUCUUCCACAUGUGCGGACCGGAAGACUCAUGUGAGGCCUACAGGUGUGUGCUGGGCCAGGACAAGGUGUCCUACGAGGUCCCGCGCCUCAGUGGAGAGGAGGAACGCUUCUUUGUGGAGGGCCUCUCCUUCCCCGACGCUGGCUUCCCAGGCCUUGUCUCCUUCCAUGUCACCCUGCUGGAUGACUCCAAUGAGUAUUUCUCCGAGUCGCCGAUCUUCACGGACACCGUGGUGUUCCGAGUGGCGCCCUGGAUCAUGACGCCCAGCACCCAGCCGCCCCUGGAGGUGUAUGUGUGCAGUGUGAGGAACAAUAGGGGCUUCGUGGAAGCGGUGGCAGAGCUGGCCAGGAUGGCUGGCUGCAAGCUGACCAUCUGCCCGCAGGCUGAAAACCGCAACGACCGCUGGAUCCAGGAUGAGAUGGAGCUGGGCUACAUUCAGGCGCCACAUAAGACCUUGCCGGUGGUGUUUGAUUCCCCCAGGAACGGGGAGCUGCAGAACUUCCCUUACAAAAGAAUCCUGGGCUUGGAUUUUGGCUACGUGACUCGGGAGCCACGAGACAGGUCUGUGAGCGGCCUUGAUUCCUUCGGGAACCUGGAGGUCAGCCCCCCAGUGGUGGCCAACGGGAGAGAGUACCCUCUGGGGAGGAUCCUCAUCGGGGGUAACCUGCCGGGGUCGAGAGGGCGCAGGGUCACCCAGGUGGUGAGGGACUUCCUCCACGCCCAGAAAGUACAGCCCUUGGUGGAGCUCUUUGUAGACUGGCUGUCCGUGGGCCAUGUAGAUGAGUUUCUGAGCUUCGUCCCCGCUCCAGAUGGCAAGGGCUUCCGGUUGCUCCUGGCCAGCCCUGGUGCCUGCUUCCGGCUCUUCCAAGAAAAACAGAAGUGGGGCCAUGGCCGGGCCCUCCUGUUCGAGGGGAUCGUCGGAGAAAGGCGGAUCCAGACCAUCUCCAUCAACCAGAUCCUGUCGAAUGAGAACCUCAUCAGCUUUAACAAGUUUGUGCAGAGCUGCAUUGACUGGAAUCGCGAGGUGCUGAAGCGAGAGCUGGGCCUGGCGGACCGCGACAUCAUCGACAUCCCGCAGCUCUUCAAAAUGGAGAAGAGGAAGGCCGUGGCCUUCUUCCCAGACCUGGUGAACAUGCUGGUACUGGGGAAGCACCUGGGCAUCCCCAAGCCCUUCGGGCCCCUCAUCAAUGGCCGCUGCUGCCUGGAGGAGAAGGUGCGCUCGCUGCUGGAGCCGCUGGGCCUGCACUGCGUCUUCAUCGACGACUUCGCCCCGUACCACAUGCUGCAUGGGGAGGUGCACUGCGGCACCAACGUGCGCCGCCAGCCCUUUAGCUUCAAGUGGUGGCACAUGCUGCCCUGA